AUGUCGGUUUCGACUGCAGAAUUUCAGAAGAAUCUAAGAAGUCUUCGGGAUCAUCCUGAAGUUCGCCUCUUCGUUCGUGCCUCAAUAACCGAUCGGAACACAAUUGGAGCAUGCAUGAUUUGUCACCAGUGGCUUAUGGUAUUUCGCUACAUGUUUGAAAUGGACCUAAUUAGACUCGAGGUUGUUCCUAUCUCCUAUGACAACGAACCUGAGGACUAUAAAUGCCUUCAUUGCUCUAAACGUCUUCCAGCAGCCUUCCUUCCUGACUUCCAGUUGGCGGCUUCAACUCCCGAUGAAUUGGAAGCCCUUCUUGCGAAAUUUCAGUGCCCUCAGCUUGUUCUCCCUUUUGAAUCUGAGGCAGUUCUUGAAGCGACGAAUUCGUUUAUCGAUGUCUACAAAAAUGUCCUUAACUUCGUCCGAAAUAACUCAGAAACCCCAUUGCUCAAUGCCUUGAAAAAAUUGGAGGAUUAUCUCCAAACCCGAAAUACUAAGUAUCUUCUGGGAGAUCAACUAAGUUUCGCUGAUUGUAUGUUAAUGCCCAAACUUCAAGUUAUGAGAGUUCUUCUAAGGGCCUGCAAACAAUGGGACAUUCCACUAGAACUAACUGCUAUUUGGAAUUACGUUCGAGGUAUGUACGGAACUACCAGUUUUACGGUGACUUGUCCACUUGAUCGUGAUAUUCUUACACAUUACCGAGAGAACAAAGGCCUCGCCAUUCCUAUGACGGCUCUUCGGAGUGCCCAAAAUUAUCUGCACACUUGUCCUCAAACCACUGACCAGAAGCCAAUCACAGCUUGA